GAAGAGCAACUUAGCGCACUGAGCGCAGAAGCUUCUUCUUCACCAAGGCAUAGCAAGUCUUUGUCUCCGAUCGAGCUACUGAACCAGCGCCGAGUGUACUCUAACGAAAACGACCGCUUCCACGAGGCUUGUCCGGUGCAAUUCAAGCAGCUCCACAACAUCGAUGUUUGUAUUUCAGCUCUUCAAUUGAAUAAGGGUUCGAUCUUUCUUCCACACUUCAAUUCAUAGCAAACGAUGGUUUUUCUAAUCAAGGAAGGAUCAGUAUUGUUCAAAAUGGUUUCCCCACAGCUUCCAAGACAGAGACAGGAAGAACAGAGUGCAGAAGGAGAAGAAGAACAGAGGAGUGGACAAUACCAGAGGGUGACUGCCAGAGCGAAUCCCGGAGACAUCUUCAUUACCCUAGCAGACCAUCCGGUGAGCUUGAUUGCCUCCCAGAACGAGGAUAUGAAGGCAAUCGGAUUUGGAAUCAACGCGAAGAACAGCCAGAGAAUCUUCCUUGCUGGACGAAACAACAUUGUGAGAAACAUGGAGAGGGAGGCACAGGAGCUGUCGUUUGGGGUUCCAGCGAGAUUGGUGGAGCAGGUGUUCAACAACCAGGAGGAAUCCCAUUUUUUGUCCGCCUCUCAAAAGAGGCAGCAGAGGGAAAAGCCCGUAUCUUUCAUCUAGGAUAUUGCACGCUUGUUGUGAAGAAAGAUGGUGGAGGCGAAUAGUAACGUUGAUUAUAAAGAAGGAGGAUACCCUAUGAUGUAGUUUUGUAGAAAGCAAGUACCUAGCUCUUAAGUAAGCUUUGUAUGCAAAGAGAUUUGUAGCCUUCUACUAGAAAUAAACGAGAGAAGUCUUC